AUGAACAAGUUUUACUUCGAAGAAAGUGAAAGACCAAGCAACAAGAAGAAGGUUUUACUCGGAGCUUUCGCAGUUCUCGCAAUUGUAGGUGUAGUUGCUACAGUCGCAGUUCUUUCUAGCAGCUCAUCCAACGAAUAUGCCCUUAGGCAAUAUGAGAUCGACGAGCAAGAAUUUUUCGGCUUCAUCGCCAAAUUCAACAAAGUUUACAAAGAUAUGGACGAAUUCCAAGCCAGAUUCAGAAUUUUCAGAGACAACGCUGCCUAUGCCAGAGUCCACAACACCUUAGGAAGAUCAUACCUUCUCGGCAUCACCCAAUUCGCUGACUUAACCCACGACGAGUUCUCAGCUCUUUACACCCCUAAUAAAUAUCAGCCAUCUGAAGAAACUGCUGAUUUCACCCCAGACCUCAGUGCUCUUCCUUCACAAGUUGACUGGAGAACCAAAGGUGCAGUGACUGCAAUUAAAAACCAAGGACAAUGUGGAUCAUGCUGGUCAUUUGCCACCACUGGAGCCGUUGAAGGUACUUGGUUCCUUGCAGGCCACACCUUAGUAUCACUUUCUGAACAAGAACUUAUGGACUGUUCAAGCAAGUACGGAAACCAAGGAUGCGAUGGAGGUCUCGCCACCAAUGCUUUCAAAUAUGUUGUAGUUAAUGGCUUAACCACUGAGGCUAACUAUCCUUAUGAAAUGAAAGUUGGAACCUGUAACGACUCAAAAGUCAAACAAGUCGCAGCCAAAAUUUCAAGCUACUCAAUUGUAGCUGCUAAUGAACCAAAUGCACUUAUGUCAGCUGUUGUUGGAAGACCUGUAGCUGUUGGAGUUCAAGCUAACCAAGCUGCUUGGCAACAUUAUGUUGGAGGAAUUGUGACCAGCGACUGUGGAACUAGCCUUGACCACGCUGUACUUGUGGUUGGAUACAAUAACGCUAACUCACCACCUUAUUGGAUUGUUAAAAACUCUUGGGGAGCAAGCUGGGGUGAGGACGGAUACAUUAGAAUUGGAAUCACCACUGGAUAUGGAAUUUGCGGAAUUAACAUGAACCCUUCAUUCCCUAACGCUUAA